AUGAAGGGUCUCGUCGUAGUCCUUCUGGGCCUUGUGAUCGUCAGUGCCAUUGGUGCUAGCAGCGCGGAUGUGCGGCGGCCGGUGGUGCCGGCGAUGUUCGUGCUGGGGGACUCGACCCUAGACGUGGGCAACAACAACCAUCUGCCGGGGAAGGACGUGCCCAGGGCCAACGAGCCCUUCUACGGCAUUGACUUCCCCGGCGGCGCCCGGGCCACCGGGCGGUUCAGCAACGGCUACAACAUCGCCGACUUCGUCGCGAGGCAGCUGGGGUUCGAGAGGAGCCCCCUGGCAUACCUGGUGCUGAAAUCACGCAACUAUCUCAUCCCCAGCGCUCUCACCAGAGGGGUGAGCUACGCCUCGGCGGGAUCCGGGAUCCUCGACUCCACUAACGCAGGAAAGAACAUACCGUUAUCGAAGCAGGUGCAAUACUUCGCGUCCACCAAGGCCGAGAUGGAGGUUGUGUGGGGCAGCCGUAAAGUCUCCAAGAUCAUCGCCAACUCCUUCUUCCUCCUUGGCACCGGUAGCAACGAUCUCUUCCAGACCAGACCAAAGUCCCAAGCCGAUGUUGCGGCACUCUAUGCCACCCUCGUCUCGAACUACUCCGCAGCCAUCACUGACCUGUAUGGAAUGGGCGCGAGGAAGUUCGGGAUCAUCAACACGGGCCCAGUCGGGUGUGUGCCACGGGUGCGUUUGUUGAACGCGACUGGCGCCUGCAACGAUGGAAUGAACCGUCUCGCCGCCGGGCUCGCCGCGGCGAUCAAGUCCGGCCUCGCCACCACGCUCACCACGACCAGGCUCCCUGGCCUCGCGUACUCCCUCGCCGACUCCUUCGCUGGCUCGCGGGCCAACUUCAAAAACCCUCAAGCGACCGGGUUGGUGAACGCCGAUAGCGCUUGCUGCGGGAUUGGUAAGCUGGGCGCGGAGGGUAAGUGCAUGAGGAACGCGACACUGUGCGGUGACCGUGACGCAUAUGCUUUCUUUGACAAUGUGCACCCGAGCCAGCGGGCCGCUGAGCUGAGUGCCCAGGCGCUCUUUGUUGACGGCCCAACACAAAUCACCGCACCCAUCAGCUUCAAGGAGUUAGCCCACCAGAGAUGA